UCUACCAUUUAAUAAGUAGCGCUUGCCAUAGUUCAGUUGUACAACAGCAAGUGUUCGUAAUACAAGCAUCAGCAAGAAACUUCUACAAUCUACAAUCUACGUAAUUCGACAUUCUCAGGACUUAAGCGAAAAAUGGCGGCAAAAAAAGUGAACUUAAAUGCACGCACCUUCCUGGUGUUAAGCGGCAGCUCGAAUCCGCUUGGCCAGAUGCUCGCCCAGGAGAUGUGCGGCCGCCUGGCAACGGGCUCGAUGGCGCUAAUUCUGGACGAGAAUCGGGCGCAAUUGGAAUUGUUGGAAAAGCUGUUGAAGCAACAAUUGAAACCAAAUUCGGUGCAAAUAUUCACUGGUCUUUUGAAUGCGGACCAUAGCAAUGGCGCCCACCUGCUGGAGCAAUCCUUGCAAGGCCGUCAUCGUAAUGACUUCGAACGUGCCAUUAUCGUGCACAAUGAAGGCGAUGCCGCCACCCAUAUAUUGAUGGAGCCACAGACGGAAUUGGCUUGGACCGAUUAUGUGCAGCGUCACCUUUACGCGCCGGUGGCACUUAAUCAACACUUUUUGAAUUCCGAAGCCUUAACGGGCAUUGAGAAGCUGGUGGUCAAUGUGACUUCGUCGUUGCAAGUGCGUCCGCUGGUGUACAACACGCUGCUCUGCUCGUGCAAGCGAGCUCGUGACAUGUACUUCCGUUCCAUGGCCUCGGAAGAGGCGCUCGCCGAUGUCCAUGUGUUGAGCUAUGGGCCUGGUCUGUUUGAUACUCAUCAAACCCAGUGCGGUAUCAAUGGCAAUUAUCUGAUACCGGAGGAACUAUUGAUGGUAUCACAGGACCAGAUAAUGCUACGCGUCCAGCCACUGCAGUCAACACUGAAACUGAUCAACAUUCUGGAGAAGAUCGCCUUUGUAUCCGGUCAUGAUGUGGACUAUUACGACACUUUCAACUUAUGAGUAGCAAUGCAGUCGUGGUCUCUGCAUCCAGACCCACUCCCCGAUUGGAUCUGGUUCGCAGAAACGCACGUUAACAUGACGAAUGAUAUUAACCAAUCUGUGCCUAUGAAAACGGACUUAAAUAAAUUUUGGCUGUUAUGGCAACAAAACAUCCGAAAAGCAAAAA